GUGUCGGAGGCAAAAUUUAGACCUUGAACAUCCAUGAAACUGGCGAGAUGGAGAUAUCUAACCCAAAUUUCAUUCUAUAAAUUCCACCCCGAGUAGAGUUUCGAGUGCAGUACAUUGUUGUAAUUGCUUUCACGCAACAAUGAACGUUUUAUUUUCUCUCAAGUCAUUCUUGGUGGUUAUCACCAUUGCCGUCUGCUGGGCCAGCCCAAUGCCCAGAACGAGAAAUGCUGAAACAAAAGCCGAUUGCCCCAGUAUUGCCAUUCCCUGUUGGACACUGGGAGGGAAAUGUUACUGCUUCUCCACCGAUACCACUUUUCCGAACCGAGUUAACUGGAACAGUGCGAAUACAUACUGCAGAGGAGAAGGCAUGACACUUGCCAGUCUUGAUACUCAACAAGAGGACCAGAUCAUCUCCGAUCACAUAAAAGGAGUCACUAAUCCAGAACUGAAUAACGACUAUUACUGGACUUCUGGAAGAUAUUCACAAGAAGGUAAUAACAGGUGGGAAUGGGCCACUACGGAACCAUACGAGCCAAUGACUUACACUAACUGGUACCCGGGGUAUCCAAAUAACAGCCAACCUGGAAGUUCUGCCUACGUGAAUUACAACUUCGAAAGGGGAUUGUGGUUCAAUGUAAACAACCCAUCUUCCACCUAUAUUCUAUUUAUAUGCGAAUCAAAUGGUAGCACAGGAACCACUACAAUCAAGACUACGACUAGCACGAAGGCCCCAACGGACGCCCCAACGGACGCCCCAACGGACGCUCCUACCGACGCCCCAACGGACGGCCCAACGGACGCUCCUACAGACGCUCCUACAGACGCCCCGACGGACGCUCCUACCGACGCCCCUACGGACGCCCCAACCGAUGCCCCAACCGACGCUCCUACGGACGCCCCAACAGACGACCCUACGGACGCCCCAACCGACGCUCCUACCGACGCUCCUACCGACGCUCCUACGGAUGCCCCAACCGAAGCCCCUACGGACGCCCCAACGGACGCUCCUACCGACGCCCCUACGGACGCCCCAACCGACGCUCCUACCGACGCUCCUACGGACGCCCCAACCGAUGCCCCAACGGACGCCCCAACGGACGCCCCAACGGACGCCCCAACGGACGCUCCUACAGACGCCCCAACCGACGCCCAAACGGACGCCCCAACGGACGCUCCUACCGACGCCCCAACCGAUGCCCCAACGGACGCUCCUACCGACGCUCCUACAGACGCUCCUACGGAUGCCCCAACCGAAGCCCCGACGGAUGCCCCAACAGACGCCCCAACGGACGCCCCAACGGACGCUCCUACAGACGCCCCAACGGACGCUCCUACAGACGCUCCUACAGACGCCCCAACCGAUGCUCCUACGGACGCCCUCAGCUACAGACGCUACAAAAUACGCAGUGGGCCGUUAACAACGGAGUAGUUUCUAUAAAAAUAAUGUCGCACUCUUUAGAUAAACGGUCCAAGUAGCGAAAGUCAAAUGUGAAUGACCGGGAGUGUGUAGCCUUUUCUGUCGCAAAUCACCUUUGAAACAAAAAUUAGUGACCGUUCUUAAUACGUAAUUAAAUUUUUAAAAAUCUU